AUGAAACGACUUGUUUUAUUGUCGCGUCAUUCAUCUUCAUCAUCAUCACGAAAUUUAGUGGUUGGAGCACCAACAACUCUCUUGCAACAAUCUCCUGUCCGAUCCUCAUGCAAGGCAGCUCUCUAUUCCACUCAAAGAAAUCCAGAGGAGAUUAAACAACUUCUCGAAAAGAAGCUUCCCAAGGACUGGAAAGAAACCGCACAGAAGGAGUUGAAAGAUCAGCCUUUGGAGUUGCUCGUCAGAACAACACCCGAAGGAAUUAAUAUUUUGCCAAUUUAUGUUUCUCAGACAACUCUUGAUGGAAAGGAACCAACAGGAGCGGGUAAUAAGCCCUACACUCGUGGACCUCAUGCCACCAUGUAUACCGUAAAACCUUGGACCAUUCGACAAUAUGCUGGUUUCUCUACAGCAAAGGAGUCCAACGAAUUUUACAAACAAAAUUUGGCACAAGGACAAAUGGGUUUGUCUGUUGCAUUUGAUUUGGCAACUCACAGAGGUUAUGAUUCGGAUCAUGAACGUGUCGUUGGAGAUGUUGGAAUGGCUGGUGUUGCAAUUGACUCUGUUGAAGAUAUGAAGAUUUUGUUUGAUGGCAUUCCUCUCGAUAAAAUGUCAGUGAGUAUGACAAUGAAUGGAGCUGUUUUGCCAAUUAUGGCCAUGUAUAUUGUGGCAGCUCAAGAACAGGGAGUGAAUGACUUGAAUUUAUUGAGCGGUACAAUUCAAAAUGACAUCUUGAAGGAAUUCAUGGUGAGAAAUACAUAUAUUUAUCCACCAGAACCUAGCAUGAAGAUCAUUGGUGACAUUAUGCAAUUUACUUCUCAACACAUGAAGCGUUUCAAUUCAAUUAGUAUUAGUGGUUAUCACAUGCAAGAAGCUGGUGCUGACACUGCAUUGGAAUUGGCCUAUACUCUUGCUGAUGGUCUUGAAUAUGUGAGAUGUGGAAUUGAAAAGGGAGGAUGUAAAGUGGAUGAUAUUGCUCCUCGUUUUUCCUUCUUCUUUGGUAUUGGUAUGAACUUUUAUUUGGAAAUUGCCAAGUUGAGAGCUGCUCGUAAAUUAUGGGCUGAAUUAUUGGAAGAGAAAUUCCAUCCAAAGAACUCCAAGUCACUCUUGUUGCGUACUCACUGUCAAACCAGUGGUUAUUCACUCACUGAACAACAGCCAUACAAUAAUAUUAUCAGAACCACUAUUGAAGCUAUGGCAGCUGUUAUGGGAGGUACUUAA